AUGAUUCAAAUUCCGGGGCAGCAAGAGUCCUAUAUACCCCAACGCAACCAGAGCAAAGCAAUCUGUGGGGUCAACACCGACCAGAAUCCAACUCAGAACACCGACACCUCAGCCCAAAGCACCGCUCAUAAUUGGAUCCGACCCUCCGUGGAGAGCGGCAAGGGGCGGAUAUUGGACGCAUUGCCACGAGUUGCGUAG